CACCCUUCAAUUCUCCAUAUACGCCGACCCGGCGCUGACCCGGAUUAUCUGUACCCAUAUACACGCUAACCGGGUAUGGUCCACGACCCACCGUUUUAGCCAACUGCACGCUCUCUCGCAGUCCUCUCAUGGCGGUUCUUUCUACGCACUGUGCACUACUCCAUACCUACGCAGAAUCCCAUAGCUACGUUCACAAAAGCCGCAGCAACAACAGUCUCUGCAGCUCAAGAAUUUCAAUUCUAUUCUCAAAGCCUAAUGGAAGAUUUUCUGUUUAUGGUCAAACCGCCAAUGGAGAUAACAACAAUCAGCCUAAGAAUAGCACUGUUUCCAUUUCAGAUUCUCCGGGCGCCAUUUCCACCUCCUCCACUAGGCCUAAGGUGAAGCGCCACACAAUUUCAGUAUUUGUUGGUGAUGAAAGUGGAAUGAUAAACCGCAUUGCUGGAGUUUUUGCAAGAAGAGGAUAUAACAUUGAGUCCCUUGCAGUUGGAUUGAACAAGGACAAGGCUCUUUUUACAAUAGUUGUGUCUGGAACUGAAAGAGUGCUGCAACAAGUUAUGGAACAGCUCCAGAAACUUGUGAAUGUACUAAAGGUUGAAGACCUCUCCAGGGAGCCACAAGUAGAACGGGAAUUAAUGCUCAUAAAAAUCAAUGCUGAUCCAAAGAAUCGAGCUGAGGUCAUGUGGUUGGUAGACAUUUUUAGGGCAAAAAUUGUGGACAUCUCUGAUCACUCGUUAACAAUUGAGGUAACAGGAGAUCCUGGGAAGAUGGUUGCAGUACAAAGGAAUUUAAGUAAAUUUGGAAUCAGGGAGAUUGCCAGGACUGGAAAAAUUGCCUUGAGAAGGGAAAAGAUGGGGGAAUCUGCUCCUUUUUGGCGGUUCUCGGCAGCUUCAUAUCCGGAUCUUGAAGAAACUAGGCCACUUGAUACAGUUCCAAGUUCUGCAAAACGAACACCUGAUGUAGUAUCCAAUACGUCUAAUGGGGGAGAUGUUUAUCCUGUGGAAACAGCUGAUGACAUUUCAUUCAAUCAAGUUCUUGAUGCUCAUUGGGGUGUUCUGAAUGAUGAUGAUACAAGUGGUCUUCGUUCUCACACUCUCUCAAUGCUUGUUAAUGAUGUUCCUGGAGUUCUUAAUCUUAUCACAGGGGUUUUUUCUCGAAGAGGAUACAAUAUUCAGAGUUUAGCCGUUGGUCAUGCUGAAGUUGAGGGGAUUUCUCGCAUUACUACUGUUGUUCCUGGUACAGAUGAAUCAAUUAGCAAGUUGGUGCAACAACUUAAUAAACUGGUGGAUCUUCAUGAGGUUCAGGAUCUUACGCAUUUGCCUUUCGCUGAGCGGGAAUUGAUGUUGAUAAAAAUUGCUGUGAAUGCUACUGCUCGGCGCAACGUUCUUGAUAUUGCCAGUAUUUUUAGAGCCAAAGCUGUUGAUGUCUCUGAUCACACCAUAACUCUUGAGCUUACUGGGGAUCUGGACAAGAUGAUUGCUUUGCAAAGAUUGCUAGAACCUUACGGCAUUUGUGAGGUGGCUCGAACUGGAAGAGUGGCACUGGUGCGAGAGUCAGGUGUUGAUUCAAGGUACCUCCGUGGGUAUUCUUACCCAUUGUAAUCAUGGAUUUCUCGAGUUCACAGCAUGAGGGAUGCUCGUUUUCUUUCUACAAGCUAGAUGCAUAUUUCGUGUUUGCCUCUGUUUGAAAAAACAAGCUAAACGGAUAGUUUGUGUGCCUUUGUUUGAUGUUGGGAAAAUACUCUACGUGGAUGUUGCUAGAGGUCAUGUCGUUUGGAGAUAAGAUAUGCUGUUCGAUUUUGUUGUCCUUCCAAUAAAUUAUUGAUAUGUCAUCAAUUUGAUUGGUUAGUGGUGAAGUCAACUUGUAUGGCGUUGAUUGAACUGGAUCGGACACUGAAGUGCACAGGAUUUUGAUUUCUUUUUUCUCCUCCAAUACUAUUUAUUAGUGUCCAA